AUGGUGGACUACGCCAUCCGACACCGGUCCGGAUCAGCUGACUGCAGUGCACCGCCGCCGCCGCGCGCGCGGACAUCUGACUCGCAGCCGGCCGGCGGUGGCCGCCGCGCCGCGUGGGACCGGCAGGAAGCGUUUAAAGAGCUUUCCGAAAAUUCUACGGGCGCAAGAAUUAGCGGAAAUCUUCAACACGUGUUUUCCGGAAAUUCUCGCGAACACGUUCAGGGCAUCACCAAACCUGCUAUUCGACGCCUGGCUCGUCGUGGCGGUGUCAAGCGCAUCAGCGGCCUCAUCUACGAGGAGACGCGCGGCGUUCUCAAAGUGUUCCUGGAGAACGUCAUCCGCGACGCUGUCACCUAUACCGAGCACGCCAAGCGCAAGACGGUGACUGCCAUGGACGUCGUCUACGCUCUGAAGCGCCAGGGCCGCACACUGUACGGCUUCGGCGGUUAAGCGGAAUGCCUCGCGACGAAAGCCCCACGAACAACAGGCCUUUUUAAAGGCCACA